GCACUUUGAUGAUUGGCUGUGCCCUGACGGUUGCUUCUGCGCGGCGGUGACGCUAUGCGGUAUGAGGGUGCAGGGCACACCAGGGCCCAACAAGAAGGCUGCCAAGCAAUCGGCUGCAAUGGCUGCAUUAAAGGCAGCUUGCGACGCCUCGCGCGGGCGGCUGGCGAUGUCACUGGAUGAGAUGGAUUAA